CGGGAGCGCGUGCCUGCGUCCGUGCCAGCACGAGCUGGGAGCACGAGCUGUGUGUGGGGCGUCGUCGGAACGGUUCAAAGGAAAAUGAGUGAAUUAGAGCAACAGGACGCUGCUGAGUCCUGCUGUUAUGGAGAGCGAGGAGGAGAGGAUGAAGGAGUCAUGGAGGAGUGUGAGCUGGAGGAGAUGGGUGAAGAGGAUGAGGAGAUCGACCUCUACAAUGAGGAGACCUUCGGCAUCGACCUCGACGAAAGAUCGGACGAGGAGACGGGUGACUCCACGGACAUCCUGGUCUUCUGCGGCAAACGGUCGCCGCCGCCUCCUCCUUCGCCACCCCCUUCCACCCCCACCACCCCUGUGCCUCAGCCCCAGGUCCUGCCAGCCUUGAGCAGGGGGCAAAGGGACAGGAGGGUGCUGAGGACUGGUGACAUGUUCGAGGACCCAGCUGUGAUGAGGACUGUAGAAGGGAGACCCAGCUUGCAGAGUCUGGACAGUGCUAUUGUGGAUAGUCACAUUGGCUCCCUAUGUGAAACCCUGGAUCCUGACACUUGGAUGCUCUCUCCUUAUGGACGUAGCCGAAAAGCCCUUGGGCCCAUGCUGCACGACAAGGCUAUCAUCACUGUGAUUGACCGUCCUGAUCCAGCACGAGCUCCUUUGGACUUCCUGCCCCCACUUCGGCACCCUUUUGCAACAUGCCCACUGAGGGGGAGUGGCAAACGAGGGGGCCAGCGGGGCCUGCAUCCGCUUGUAAGACCACUGGGGCAGAGGUACCUUUCUCAGAUGGGUCCCAUGCUAUCCCGUUCUCCUGUGCGUCCCCGACCGGCAUUCAGCCCUCCGCAGCCCUACAUGCAGCGUGGAGGUUUUCUCUCGCCUUCUUCACACACUGGUGCAUCAAUUUCUCAGCCUUUCACACCCAAGAUGAUGCACCUGAGAUUUGGAGCCCAUUCUCCAAGCCCUGCCCCAUUCUGUAGCCCAUCAUCCCAUAUUCUACAGCGAUUCAGGUUCCCUGGUCAUGUAACCCAGCUUCACCCCCAGCAUCGCAGACUCCUCAGCCAGAGGCAUCAGCGGUCCCACAGGGGCGAUAACUUGGACCCUAAUGGCCAGCUGAUGUCAAUAAAGGAAAAAGAAUGGAUCAUCAGACUGCAGAUGAUCCAGCUUCAGAGUGAGAAUCCCCACCUCGACGACUAUUAUUACCAGGAGUACUACCAGCGCCUGGAGGCCAAGAUUGCAGAGGAAGAAAUGCUGGGGGACAAAAGCAAGAGGGAACCACCAAAGCUCACCACUCCUUAUGUGACUAAGACAGAGACCUAUACCCCUGUUGUUCACAUUGAGGGCUCCCUGGGGCAAGUUGCUGUGUCAACCUGCUUCUCGCCUCGCCGUGCCAUCGAUGCUGUCCAUGCUGCACAGUCACCUGAGGAGCCUCGUUUUUCAGAACAGGAACAAUUAGAUAGCCGAAAACAGAGGCUCGUGGUUCUUCACAACAUCGAAAAGUGCUACAUGGUGCUGCUGGAGGUGGAGGAAGCAGCCAAGAGGAAGGCCACAGUUUUCAGCGAGGAGGAACGAGAGAGGCUGGAGGAAAAGGUUCAGAGACGUGUGAAGCUUAUAUACUCACAGCUGCAGUAUCCUGCUAACCUGGAGACAGCAGAGGAGUUCCUGCCAUGCCUUCUUGUGUCAAAGGGGAAGCGGCUGCUUGCUCGAUUCCUCCCCUUCCUGUCCCAAGACAUAGCACUACAUGUGCUGAAGACUGUGACAUUGCACCUACCUGUCCUGAUGAGCAGAGAUGUGGAUGAGGCACUACCAGUGAUGUACCCAUCCCUCUGCACUGUGAUUGGAAGGCUGUCUUUUAGUCAGCUCAUAGGGGUCCUCAAGGGGUUUACCACUACACUUCCUGACUCAAAAGAGAGAUGCCUCCCUAUGGCUUGCCAGAAUAAGUUUGGAAUCUCCCUGCUGUAUGCCCUGCUGUCUCAAGGCGAGAGGCUGCUGUCUUCUGAUACUCCCAUGGACGCUGGCAUCGGGGAUUAUGAAACCUGGACCGAGACAGUGUUUCUGGUGGCUCGAGAGCUGUCCCACUCUUCACUAGUAGAGCCACUUCUCCUCCCAUCCAACCUGCUCUCGCUAUUCUGCCGCUAUCUGGACAAGCACACCGUGCACCAGCUUGAAGACAGCAUGGAGAGAUCUACAGCUGGCUGCCCUGCUGUCCCAUCCUAAGAGCCUUCCCUUAUCCCCAGAAGUGUGAAGGGAUGUUAACUGGGGUGGGUGGUGUCUAAUGGAGCAACUGGGUUUGGCAAGUCACAGAAGACUGGCCUUUUAAAGCACAGGUUUGACUUUAAUGCCCUCUCCCCCAUAUUGCUGGACAUAGAUAUUACCCUGUUUCUCAUCAGUGCAACAGAAAUCGCUCACGCUGGUAUUUCAGCCAAAUCCAGUGACUGUGUCCCCCUGUUGUGAGAAAAGCCAGUGUCUUCUUGAUACUGUUAAGGGAAUACGGUCUUGAUUUUUAAAUGAUCUCCACUUCUGGGUGGAGCAUCUAUAAAUAGGUAGUCCUAAAAAUGUCCAGCAGAGGGGGUACACACAGUUCAGUAGCCACCCUUGGUGUGAGGGCCAGGGCUAAACUUGUGAUUUAAUCUGCCUGUAGACCUGAUGAGUCUUCAACUGGUGUGGUACACACAUGGUGUGUUGCUGGUCUCUUUCAGAUACUCAGAGGCCAUGUGGAGUACAGUACAUGUGCACCAGGUUGACAUGAGUGCAGUGCAAAUCUGACUGUAAAUACUGUUUGCAAGACUGAAGGCAGUCCUAAGGAUUGCUAGUAUUGUGAUGUUUACUGUGUGACAGGGUUUAUCUGUUCUCUUGUUUUAUAAUGGCAGCUGGGUAAUCAUGGCCUUAAGCAUUUUCCAUGACAUUGUUUGGUAGCCUUUUUGUUCCAAAAGAAGCUUAGUCAUCUCUUUAAAGCCUUAACUUAUUAGUCCUUGUUCAUCCUUUUUUUGUUGCAGUUUUAAUUUAAGAGAUGUACUUGGUGUUCAUGUAUAGAUUACUGUCACAACUGUACAGCACUUGCAAUGUAAAAAUAAAAUUUAAGCG